CCGACGCUGUCCUGUAGCGGUUCCGCGAUGGUGGGCGGCGGCGGGGGCGGCCUCCUGGAGAACGCUAACCCCCUCAUCUACGAGCGCUCGGGGGAGCGGCCGGUGACCGCGGGGGAGGAAGACGAGCAGGUUCCAGACAGCAUCGACGCGCGCGAGAUCUUCGAUCUGAUUCGCUCCAUCAAUGACCCGGAGCAUCCACUGACGCUAGAAGAAUUGAACGUAGUAGAGCAAGUUCGGGUUCAGGUGAGUGACCCCGAGAGCACUGUGGCAGUGGCCUUCACACCCACCAUUCCUCACUGCAGCAUGGCUACCCUUAUUGGCCUGUCCAUCAAAGUCAAGCUUCUGCGAUCUCUUCCCCAGCGCUUCAAGAUGGACGUGCACAUUACUCCAGGGACCCAUGCCUCAGAGCAUGCCGUGAACAAGCAACUUGCAGAUAAGGAGCGGGUGGCAGCUGCCCUGGAGAACACCCACCUUCUGGAGGUUGUGAACCAGUGCCUAUCAGCACGCUCCUGAGCCUGGCUUUUCAUCCCUAGCCUCACCCAGGGCUCAUUGCCUUGUUUUCUUGAACCACUGACAAUGAAAAGCUAACAUUUUGCAUUUUGUAAUAAACUCUUAAUUUAUAUUCAUGUCCCA